ACCAAAGUCAAAGUUACAAUUUUGAACAUAACCUCAUAUGUGAGACAUAUUCGAAGAGUCAGUCUUCUGCAGUUUUCUGACUCUUUAAAAGACCUUCAAUUAGCAAUUAGUAAAUCAUCACUAUAAGUAAUUAGACGAAAAGGAAGGUCAAAGGAAUAUUAAAAUGCCCAUACACGUGUAGUGUCUCAUAAUAAUAACCUGUAAAGUUUCUUCUUCGAGAACUACGUGAAAAUGACGUUAAAGAAAUUCAUAUUUAUUUCAAGGCUGAAAUAGAAGAAUAUGUCCGACGAUAAUCAAAAUUCUGUAUUGCUAAGCAAUUUUUAUCUUGGUAGAAGAAGGUACAGGGUAUACUACCAUCGAAAUCUUAUUGUUUGGGAUAGUGAAAAACCUCCUUGCGCGCAAAAAACCGUUCCUAUAGAAAAUGUGAUAGCUGUACAGCAUAAUUAUGAAACAUCCACACAUCCUUCUGAAGAACCCAGAUGUGAUCCUAAUGCAUUUACAAUUCAUUUUGCAGAAAGGGGUGAGAAACGAACGUGGAAAUAUAACAGUAUUACCUUUAAACAUUCCGAUGUUUUACAAGUAUCAUCCUGGGUAAAAACAUUACAAAAUCAUCUGCAAAAGUUCACUGGAAGGCCUAAGCAUUUAUUACUGUUUGUGAAUCCCUAUGGAGGUAAGAGAAAAGCUUUAAAAAUAUUUGAAAAAUUUGGAAAGCCACUAUUUCAAAUUGCUGGUGUUGAUGUUAGCGUAAUAAUUUCACAAAGACAGAACCAAAUUCGUGAUAUAAUAAUUAAUCACAAUUUGGAUAACUAUGAUGCAGUAGGCUGUGUAGGGGGAGAUGGCACUAUUUCAGAAUUAUUUAAUGGGUUAGUUUUGAAAGAAUGUCAAAAACAGGGAAUCGAUCCUGAUGAUAUGUCAAUAGACUUGCCAAAGCCAAACUUGCCAAUAGGUGUAAUACCAGGUGGAAGUACUGACUCAAUUGCAUAUUGCCUUCAUGGAACAACAGAUGUAACUACAGCAGUGUUGCAUAUUAUUUUUGGUGAUAAAACGGGAUUAGAUUUGGUUUCUGUAUAUGAUGAAACUAGACUGCUAAGACUAUUUGCUAGUGCAUUUAGUUAUGGCUAUUUAGGUGAUAUUGCAUACUAUAGUGAGCAACUGCGCUGGAUGGGCCCCUCUAGAUAUGAAUACACUGGUUUUAAACGAAUUAUAUCAAAUACUGGUUAUAAAGGGGAAAUUGCAGUUUUAUCUGAAAAUGAUCCUAUUGGUACAAAAUGCUAUGAAAAAUGCGUGCGUUGUUCUUUAAAAAAAGCGGAGGAUAAUGAUAAUAAAAAUGAAGGCGUUUGGAAAACGCUAAAAGGAAAGUUUUUCAUGGUAACAGCCGCUAAUAUAAGUUGCGCAUGUGAACGAAGUCCGAAUGGAAUUGCCCCUUAUAGUCAUUUAGGUGAUGGAAAUAUGCAUGUGGUUUUGGUUCGUCACACAUCACUUAUUAAUAAUCUUAGAUUGUUAAUUAGAUUAACAAGAAGUGAUAGUAAUGUUGACGAUUUAGAUUUUGUGGAAAUUCACCAAGCAAAAGAACUUUGUUUUCGGGCUGAAGAUAUGCAGAGUCGUUGGAAUUGCGAUGGUGAAAUCCAACAUCAAACUGACGUUAGGGCAAAAGUACGAUGCCAGUUACUUACCGUUUUUACUCGUGGUGCUCCUAAAGUAGAACAAAAUGAAAAAUUGGGUUGCUGUAGUUUUUGUAAGCAUUAAAUGUAUAAUUUUGACAGUAUUCAGGGAUGGUUAACUAAGAGUACUUCAGGCAGUAUUUUAUUAUUUUUUUUAAAUGUAUUUCUUACUUGUUGUUAAACAUUCCUUUUUCUACUAGGAGGUUACGGUUGUUUAUAUAUUUUUUUCAAUAAUUUUGUUGUUGAUCUUUGGUGGAAACUAUUGUUUUUAUUGUACUUAAUUCAAUACGUAUCUGUUAUUAAUAUGGUAUUGUUUGCUCAAAUUGUAUUUCAUGCAAUAAAUAUGCUAUAUUUUAAAUGAU